GCGACUGCAGCAUCUUCACCCCUGGCCAGCUCUCCAGCGAAGACAAAUGGAAACAAGUUGAGCAGACUUCUCAUCGAUGGCGGAACAACGGUGCUGAGGAAUAUUUUCGAUCAUUAUCACCCUCCUACAACCUUGGCUUCUGAUCUCAAUUCCAAUUACUCCAUUCUUAACAACCUUUUGCGUAGAAGAGUUCUAAAUGGCCGUCAGUGGGACAAACUGUUUCCCCCUGGUGGAGGGGUACCAGACUCCAGCACGUUUGACAUCACUCUUCUUUUCCUACUGCUAACCAACAUUUGUGGUUUAUCUCCUCCUCCCCUGACAGGAUGGCACAACAAGCCAUCCCCUGGUGAUAACUCUCUUCAGGCUAACCUUGCUCGAGUUAAGUUCUUCCGGAAUGAGCUAUAUGGUCACGUGACUUCCACCGGUGUAGAUGCGACAUCUUUCUCUUCCUUCUGGCAAGAAAUAAGCAUUACUCUUCGUUCUCUGGGUUUAGAUCAAGCAGAAAUUGACAGACUGAAGGCAGAGCAGGGUGGAGAGGACAAAUACCUAAAUGUCUUAAUCGAGUGGGCUAGCAGUGAAGAGGGCAUUAGGACACUGCUGCAAGACAUCCGUCAGUUCCAGACCACGGUUAAGAAAACUAUAAAAGAAAAUCAUCAGUCACAACUGGAACUCAUCAACCAAAAACUUCAAAGUCUCACCCUAAAGCUGGAAGAGAUAGAAAAGGCCCAACGCAAAACACAGGACGGUGUAGAGGAAGUAUUGAAGAUGGAGCUCAAAGGUCAGAAAAUUCUUCAUGAUGCUGAUAAGUCAGCAUUGGUUGGUAGCCCAGCUUGCAAAUACAUCACGAUGUUGAAUACUGACGCGGCGUUUGAUUGGCGAAACGGUGGAGAGGUCAAAGAGAUUGCCUGUUCUCUUAAAGGAGAUACUAUUUAUUCCACUUCUUCAGAGUUUGUUCAAUAUUCCUUAGACACAAGUAGAAAGGUAACAUUGGUUACUGCUUUGAGAAUGUCAAACCGCGAGGAAUUGAACACGAUAGAACUCCCCGGCUCUGUUUCCAUCUUUCCAACAAGGGAUGGUGUAGUACUUUUAAAAGAUGACGGCGCAGAGUUAUGGACUUUUGACAUGUCUACUUCUCUUCGGUCUCUCUCUGAGGUUACCCCAAGUGACGUUGUUUUUUCUAUUUCAGAGGAACGGAUAUCCCGUUUUUAUUCACCAGGACCACUGCAUGUCUUUUGGUCAGAUCCGAUUCCGAACCGCAUGUGGCAGCACUUCGUUAUCGAAUUUUUGGACGUCACCAGUGCUAGCAGCACGAUUGUCUCCUCGCUAGAGAUCUUUUUAGAUUUCAAUGAAGAUCUACUUUCAGUUGUGUGUAGUAAUCCAAGUCAGGUGUUACUUUGUACUGCAUCGGAGAAGGUUACAGUCAGUUCAUGGAAAAAUGGUGUAAUUCUGUGGGAAAGAACGUGCUGGACUGAUACAGCUAGAAUAAUAACCGCGAUUAAACCACAAAUGGUUUUUUCUCCUAAAAGUGAGCUUGUUGUCACGUGGAACACUCUUAACCAAGGUCAUGGCCUGCAUAUACUUAAUGCAGAUACGGGAGAAACAAAACACGUCUUCCUUAGAGACAAGCCUGACAUUGCAAUUGUUGACUGCAAGUUUUUAGAUGAUGAAUCGCUGGUUUGCUGUAGUGAGGACAACUUCCUUCGAUUGUAUAAUCUCAGCGCUGGAGGUCUGCUUAGUGUUCUAGACAUCGGAGAGCAACCGUUCUGUUUGGGAGCCAGUUUGUAUCACCCUCUAGUCGCCAUUGGUUUGUCCGGCGCAAGAACAAAAUUCAUCCAUGUACAGUUGCCAAAAGAAACUAAGAAGAAAACAAGGUUAGUUUCUUUUCUUUUCAACAGAUCUUGGGCAUUGAGAUAAAUUAACGAUAAAGUCAACCCCGGAAAACCAACCAAUCAUCUUUGGCUUUGAAUUAAUACGUAUAAAACUCAGUACUUUUGUGUUUGGGCAGGGCGAAUGUUGUCGUAGCGACGGACUGGGCUUAAAGAGGGAUCCAUAGCGCUAAGACCACAGUACCAUAGGUCUCAUUGGUAACUUGUUUCAAGUAAUGUUUGUAAAAUCAUUUUCGAGUGUUAGAACACUUUUUUUUCUCUCAGAUCGUUCACGCGUGUGAAUGUGUCGGACUGUCUGUUUUGGGCACUGCUUUAUAGCUGCCUGGUUCGUAAAUGUCUAGUGAAACUCAAUACGGUCUUUACUUAAAACUAAUGAUUCCCUGAACUGAAUUGAAUUGCAGUGUCAGUGCAGACGUGACAAUCGACGAAAAGAGCUACAAGAUUUUCAAAUCGAUGUCCCUGGCUUAA